ACUAACUCAAAAACCCUCGAUCUCUGGAUAGGUGGGAAGAAAAGGAAUCUAACAUUCAUUCAAAUCUCUUCUUCUUCCUCUUCUCUCUCAAAUCACUGGGGAUCUGGUGCAUUUCGAUUUGUCUUCUUUAACUCUCUCUCUGCUCAUGGAAGACAACGAGAACAAGAAAAGCGAGGGGGAGGUCGAGGGCCUUGGUCUGAUUGAUGUCGCUGCUGAGGACGAUAGCCUCCUCUUCUCCUCCUUUCCCAACCCCACCAGCUACGAGUUUUCCGAGGCAGAUGAGGAUGAAAAGUGUUUGAACAAUGAAAAGGAUCAAACUUUCUUGAGGGAGACAGAUCAUUGUAAUGAAGAGAUACUGGUAUCUUCAGUAGAAGAGAAGGAAGACGUGCUUCAACCUCGUGAGUCGCCUGAGCCUCAGAAGGUCACCAAGAGUGGGAAGUAUAACUUGCGCAAAAGUCUUGCCUGGGACAAUGCCUUCUUCACUAGCGAAGGUGUUUUGGAACCUGAAGAAAUAUCCAGUAUGAUGGAAAGCAAUCAUAAGAGUGAGAGGAAGGGUUUGCCGACUAUUCAGGAGGAUGUUAACAGAUCUACGGAAUCCAUUUCUACUUUUCAAAGCGACUGCACUGUGGAAAACAGUCAGGAGUUUGUUUUGUUUGAAGAUGUCAGAGCGUCUAUUCAAAGGUCUGCUAAAGCUUCUGAUGCUCCUACACCUGGAAUAGAUAAUGAACUGGUAGCAAUAGAAGUAGCAACCAGCCCAACUUCAAGUACAGUGGAGGUCCUUGCCUCUCAGGAGAAGAUGAAACCAAAAGCCAGUCCUAAAAAGCUGAGUAUUAGAGCAAACGGAUCAGGGAAGGCAACAAAACAGCCUGUUUCUGCGACAAGAGGUCUCAGUACAUCCGUUGCCAAGCCUACACCUAACAGACUCGGCAAAGCCAGGCUCUUGUCAACUACAUCAACGAGCAGGGCAUCCCUAGAUGUUAACAAAACUAAACUCGAAAAAGAUUCCAAAUUACCUGCGGGUAAAGAGCCUUCGGUUCCUAGAAUACCCAUUUCACGAAGACCCACAUUCCCAAAACCUGCUGUGGUUAAGUCAACUUUGCGUGCUUCAGCUGCCUCAAAGAAUGAACUGACAUCUUCCUGCUCUUCGCUAGAGAGCUGUGCCAGUGCUGCUUCAUCCAGCACUUCUCACAAAUCUGCUCUAAAUCCGAUAAAGAAGAAGAAUGAUUCAAGUUCCAGAAUAGCAAAUAGAUCUACAUCUAGAGGUAUUAUGGGCCAGCCAAGAAUCCCACCGCAGCCAACCAAGAAGACGACCAAGUCCAACCUUUCGUCUGCUGGUUCUAUCAGUGACUGUUCAUCAGAGUCAUCACGAGCUUCUGCAACUAGCCAAACGGCUAAAAAUAUCCAGAAAACUGUCUCUGGUGCAAAUGAUACUGUGAGGUCUCUCAAGAACUCUAAGGAUGCAUCUGUUGUUCAAGCUGGUGCUAAGGAAGGCACGAAACGAGUUUCAGCUAUCAAUGGUGGUUUGGUCCCUCCAGGUUCCAUGAAACAGUCAGGUCUCCGUGUGCCAACACCAAAAAUCGGUUUCUUUGAUGGAGGAAGACAGGGAUCAUCUUCAUCUGCUGGUAAGAAGGUUGGAAAGUCACCGGUACAAGAGUCUUCAAAUUCAAAAACUAAGGCAGCAGGUUCAAGGCAUGUUGUCUCUGCCUCGUCUCCAAAACUGCAGAACAAAUUGUAUUCCAAAAUCAAUGCAGAGGAUCAGCUUGAGGGGUGAUGGAAUCAAGAUGAUGAUGCCUUAAUCAAUAGUUCUUUUAUAUAAUGGAGUUGUGUUCUCUUCUUUUCUUUUAAUAGAACUUACCCCCCUGAAUGUUAGAUUCUUAUGUAAUGUAACCCAUCCCUUAAGUAAAAGAAAACAGUAAUGUUAUCAA